AGUUUUGUGUUGAUCACAGAGUGAUAUGCUCCCAUCUCGUAUAAUGUUUAAAGCAUUUAUAUUAGUUUUUGUUGUGUUGCGCUUUUUGAGAGACAUCGAAACGUCUCAAAAUGUCACUCAAACUUCAAUUGAACUGAACACGGAUGAAGCCAAUGAUGUUGCAGAAGCUAUUCUGAAUGGUGGACUACAAGGAUUUUUCGUAGCCAAUAUCAGUCACAACGAAGAGGAUAUCGGUUCAUGUCAAAUUUUGAGAACAAGCGUUUAUCAGGUCGAAUUGCGAGCGAGUGGAGAUGUGUUUGAAAUUAUUGCCGAAGAAAGUGAAACACGAAAUACUCUGAAUUGUUUGAAGAAAGACAAAUUUGUUAGUCUGAUAAACGAAGGAAACAUCACGAGGGCACGACAACUGGAAUGUGUUGCUAGUGGUGAGACACUGCCAAAAGAGCUACCAAUCGACCAUUUCGUAAAGUUUAUGUCUGCAAUUUCAAAGGAAGAAUUUCGCAUAAUGGACGCGAAUGAGUCACAAAGGUUCGAUUAUGACGACAUUGGCAUUCCCAAAGAAAUCCAGUCAACAGAGUUCCAUAUAAAAAUAUUAGGCUCUGGCGAGGAAUUUUUGGUUGACACACACGAAGUGAUUGAUUUCUACAUGUCAAUUCCAGUUGCCGUCAGGUCGGGAUCACGAUCGAAACUUUUGCUGUCAUUAGUUGGCGGAGGUAAUUAUACUAAGAUGAGAAAAGUGAAACGAGUGUAGUUAAUUAUUUUGGCUCUGCGACGUACCAAAUUUUCUUCUACAUCUGUAUAAAAUAAUUCAAUCGAUACUAAUAAAUUUUAUUCUAAUGAUA